UGUGUCCAAUCUUUUGGCCUGUACUGUAUGUCUUGAACACACCCUUCUGUAUGUAGUAGUGCUCACACCUUGGUCCAGCCGUGGUGAUCCUCCAGGGUGUCGAUGGACAGGGCGAUUAUUUUAAUGUUGCGUUUACUGAACUCGCUCCUCAGUCUUGCAAUUCGACCCAGCUCUGUGGUGCACACCGGGGUGUAGUCUUUGGGGUGAGAGAACAGGAUUCCCCAUCUGGAAUGGAAACCGAGAUGGGUGAGCUACUGUCAGAUGUAUGUCCGGGUCAGUGCUUCUGCAAUCUGGGGUUUCACAACCAGGUUUCAAUCUGAUUCCGUUUGCUUUCAUCUGACAUAAAUGUCUAAUAUUGUGGUGAAUGUUGUUUCUUAUAGUUAGGUUGCACAAUAGGCUAAGCUGCAUGAUGCAUCUGCCAGCAAACCGACAGGAUGUGACCUCUGUAUCACUCAAAUCUCGUCGUUUCAAAAACGACGAGAGAAGGGACUUUUCUCAUGAUGUCCGCAAUGUGAUUUUUCACCGUGAUUGACUUCUGACCUGGUCAGCUUACUGAUGCUUUUGAUUUGGAUCAUCUCACUCUCUGAUCAAGUACCCCAUGACCUGGUCACAAACAGCUUAACUUGUUAGAUUAAUUUGUCUUUUUGUCCACCACAUUAUAGAUUAUUAUUUUUAAUGGCAUUAGCACUUAUAGGCAACAAUACCACCAUUAUAUGUGUACAGGGUUAGAUACUAUAUGUAUAAAUUGUAAGCAAAGGUGUAAAGCAGAAGUCAGAAAUCAGGAACUGAUCUCUCUCUCUCUCUCUCUCCCUCUCGUGAACUGAAUUAUCGAUAAGCCUGCGAAUCAAUUACCAAAAAUAUCCAUUCAGGAAGCCUACUUACGAAUCACCGAGAAAUUCGUGGAAUUUAAUUUUGCCAUUGGUGGUCUCCGCCUCAAAAUCAGGAAAUGCAUCUCCGAGCAGCAGUCCCGGCAUGUUCAGUGUGACCGUGAAGGUGUUCCGUCUGUUCCGCAGCAGCUCUGAUGACAGAUGCGUAAGAUGAAGAGGAGGCGGAAACUUCCCGCUGAACCAGCUACUUUAUUUACAGAAGCAUACACUGUGAACUGCACAGGGCAGUUUAUAAUAGACCACAUCCUGAUUUGUACAAUGCGGUGCGUUCAGGUCGCGUUUUGAUUGGCGCAGCUGUUUCCAAAUGACCAAUUUACGCACGCACAUAGCCCGGUUUCCUACCGAGGAUUUACAUAGUUUAUUAUUUAUUUAUAAGUGCAGCACUGGAACACUUCUCCACGAUAAUAUACUAAUGUAUAUUAAGCAAUUUAAUCAUAAAAUCGACAACAUUCAUAGAGCAGUGCAUUUGUUUUUGAAGUUACACUUCAAAAAAGAAGUUCCUUUUAAACUCCAUGCUAGUUUGAUUACAUGUUUAUUGGAAGGACCAUGAAGCCGCGUGACCAGAGCAACCCAGUUCUGAACUGGUGAGAUCGUAACCCCUGUAUGUAUCCAGACCCUCCAGUUUGCAGGAUGUUUUGCGUCGCAGCGCAGCAGGAUUAAAGUCUUUACUGGACACAGGUGGUCGAUAAAGAAGGGCGGAUAGAUCAAGUCUCGCACACGAACAUGUCCUCACCAUCGACCAGACGGAAUAGUUGUCGUGGAGUUGUGCGUGGAAGCCGGGCAUCAUCUGAGUGCCAUGUCCGCCGCCGGGGCUCCAGCUGUUCUUAUUUUUCUUCUGGAGCGCAACCUGGAGACUUCUCCGUCCGUCUGAGCCAGCCGAUAUUCACUAUAACGCUCCGGUUUUUGCUGGCGAUAGAUCUGUGGCUGUCCAAGCGGCUCGGAGUGUGCGCCUGUGAGGAGUCUCCAUGUGGCAGCAUACGGCCCUUGGUGCGGCUGGUGGAGUUCUCUGGGCAUGUAAUCCCGUGGCUCAUCGGCACUGUGUACACUCUGCUCCGCGGAGAGAGUGUGGCGGAGCAAGAGAUCAUGCUGAAUCUGGCCCUGGCUCUGAUGUUGGACCUGCUGUUGGUCCGAGUUGUGAAGACUCUGGUCAGACGUCGCAUGCCUGCUCAGAACCGCUCCGACAUCCUCUCCAACUUCUUCGUGGAACGCUACUCCUUCCCCUCAGGCCACGCCACACGGGCGGCCAUGUGUGCCCGGUUCCUGCUCGCCCAGCUUGUGGACACAGCGUCCAUGUGGGUCCUAGUAGUGGGUUGGGCCGCUCUGGUAAGCCUGUCCUGGCUGUUGCUUGCCAGACACUAUGUAACAGAUGUGGGCUUUGGCUUGGCUAUGGGUUACUGCCAAUAUAGUCUAGUGGAAAGGCUGUGGGUGACCUGGGACUGCCUGCAGGACCUACUGCUCAUGUGACUGACAGAGAGAUUCAACAGGGCUUAUGAUGGACUCUGGCCGGCAGAUUGGAAACAUUAAUUUUGGUGGAACUGUGUGUGUCAGCCUAUGUGGGGGAAAUGUGCAGCAUGAGUGUGUAAUUGUGUUUUCUUUAUUAUUUAUUGGAUUAUAUAAAAACUACUUUGUAUGCUUAUAUUUUAUUUAUCUAUAUCUAUUGUAUGUAUAUUUGUGUUUUUUUUUUUUUUUUUAAAUUCAUCAAAAAUAAUUAAGUGGCAGGUUGUAGCAUAUCAGCGGGCACCUCAUUCUUUUAAGUUGUAUCCAGCCCCUUUUUGCUCUGCACCUCACCAGUGGGGGUGUGCACACUACCACUACUGCUGUUUUAGGUUGUAGAAUAUCCCAUGGAGAUGCACAUACAGCUUGUUUGCACAGUCUUGUUGAUGACGCAUGGACUUGAUCUUAGAAUGCUAAAACCAGAGCUGAAUUUAAUUAGGACUUUUUUUUUAAUAAAAAGCCAAUUAAAAUAAA